GGAAGCGCCAGAGCCAUUUUCACUGUUGAGUAAGAGCACGCUGUUCUCGGCGAACGAGUGAGAGAAAGAAAGUGCGCAUUCUGGGUUUUACUUCGCUCGUUCCCGCUCUCCCCCGCUUUCUGGCGCCCCGCUGGAGGUGGUUUGUGUGAGAGGCCUCGGGUGGACACACAAUGGGGCGAAGUGCCUGUGGCAACUGGGCCGUUGUGCUGCUGACGGGGGGAGGGUGUCGAGAGCCGACCGGCGCACAGAGCUAACAGAUCCAGCCGGCCUCAGGCCUCUGCGCCUCUCUCUCACACACUCGCCCGCCCGCCCGCGAGACUGCGAUCAGAGGCUUCUCAGGAACCGCGAAACCUUUCUCUCAGGACUAUGGUGGACUAACUAUGGAUUAACAUGUAUUUGGCGCAGUGGAUUUUGGGACACAUACGUCAGAACUGGAGAUUUGAGAGCGAGAGGUUACUGUGUUUUGGGAUCGAGUGACGAACUUUUCUUGCCUUUAGUUCCCUUUCUGUUUUGCUUUUGAUUUCCAUAUAAAUGGAUUACAAAAUGCAUUCCAAGUCCAAUGAUUUGCUGGAUUUUCAGACGCUGGAUGCCCUUUUGGAAAAAAUUGCACAUUGCUCUGUCCCUGUUAAAAGAGAGUCCAGCGAGGAGUGCAAUGGAAUUAGCGGUGCUCUCCCUGUGGAGCCCGCGCCUGGCUCGAGACUGAACGAGUGGUGUCCUGCCCCAGCCCCUCCCGUCCCUCUGCCCCCGCUCCACCCCUUCAUUAUGGGAGACGGCCUGGACGCAGUGCAGAUGUCGGGGAGCAGCAGCAGUCAGGGGCAGCCCUCGUCCCAGGCCCCUUCCCUCUUAAACCCCAAUCCCCCAGAUAUCGCCAACCCUACUCGGCCCAAGCGUCAGACCAACCAGCUGCAGUACCUGCUUAAGGUGGUGCUGAAGUCUCUUUGGAAGCAUCAGUUCGCUUGGCCUUUCCACUCUCCUGUUGACGCCAUUAAGCUAAAUCUGCCUGACUAUUACAAGAUAAUCAAAAAUCCUAUGGACAUGGGAACAAUCAAGAAACGCCUAGAGAACAGUUUCUACGUCAAUGCCCAAGAAUGUAUUCAAGACUUCAACACCAUGUUUACUAACUGCUACAUUUACAAUAAGCCUGGGGAUGACAUAGUCUUAAUGGCAGAAGCGCUGGAGAAGGUGUUCCUCACCAAGAUUUCAGAGAUGCCCCAGCAGGAGAUCGAGAUGUCGACCUCAUCCGGCAAGGGUCGUGGCCGGGGCAGGAGGGAUCCAGACAUAAACCUGAAGAUUGGGCCUGUCCUUGAGUCUUCGGCCACAAUCCCUCAAACACGUGGCCUUUCCGGUCUUGCCCCUGGGCCACAAACUAGAGGACCACCACUGGGUCCACCUACUUUACCUCCCCAAUCUGCCAUGCAAGCCUUGCCCUCUCGAGUGCCCCCUUCGCUCCCUUCACUACCUUCACUCCCUUCACUCCCUCCCCUCGCUCCUCAAUUAGGGCCACCUUUUUCUUUGGGCCCCACUGACUGCAACCCACCGGCCCCCAUCUUGACGGCUGUGCCUCCUCCCACCCAAACUGCCCUGCCGCCCGUGCACAUGCAGCAGAGCACUGCUCCUAUUCUACAAAGCCCCAUCCCAAUGGCUCCCAAACAGAGAAAAAGUCAGAAAAGGAAAGCAGACACCACGACACCUACGGCAAAUGACCAGCUGAGCGAGUCCUCGCCCGCCGAGUCAAAGUCAGGGAAGACUCUGCCACGCCGGGAUAGUACACGACCAAGCAAACUACCCAAAAAGGAGGCACCAGACUCCCAGCACCAUGGGACAGUCGCCACUGGGACCCACAGCCCCAAGCAACAAGAACAGUUACGCUACUGCUUGGGCAUCGUAAAGGACAUGUACGCUAAGAAACAUGCAGCAUACGCUUGGCCCUUCUACAAGCCAGUGGAUGUGGAUGCUUUAGGGCUGCACGAUUACCAUGACAUCAUUAAACAUCCCAUGGACCUCAGCACUAUUAAGGACAAGUUGGAAACCAGACAGUACAGAGAUGCUCAGGAGUUUGCAGCAGAUGUACGGUUAAUGUUCUCCAACUGCUACAAGUACAACCCUCCAGACCAUGAAGUGGUGGCUAUGGCACGCAAACUGCAGGAUGUGUUUGAGAUGCGUUUUGCUAAAAUGCCCGAUGAGCCAGAGGAAAUGCUGGCACCUGCUCCUGCGCCAGUGCUCCACCCGGCUCCUGUAAAGACACAGCCGCCCAUGGGCCCUGCCUCGUCCUCAGACAGCUCCAGUGAUUCCUCAUCGGAAUCCGACUCCUCCACGGAUGACUCUGAAGAGGAGAGAGCCCAGAGGUUAGCAGAGCUUCAGGAGCAGCUGAAAGCGGUUCAUGAGCAGCUGGCUGCCUUGUCCCAGCCUCCGGCCAGCAAACCAAAGAAGAAAGAGAAGGAAAAGAAGGAGAAGAAGAAAGACAAGCACAAAAGGAAAGCAGCAGUCAUGCCUGCACUAGAGGAGAUCCUGGAGCCGCCUCCCGCCCUAAAGGUUCAAGGAAAGCCUAAGAACAAGGAUCCUCUUCCUAAGAAGCCUAAGAAGUUGAGCAAGAAGGAGGGAGGUGGUAAGGGCAGUCGCUCCAUGGCUCCCCCAGGCGCCGCCCCACCAAUCCUGCAGCCUGUGGUAGGCCUGGAUUCUGAGGAGGAUCUGGGACUGACUGGUGGAGCCGCAAUGGCAGGCAUGGCUGCUGGAGAGAAGUGUAAACCCAUGUCCUAUGAAGAGAAGAGACAACUGAGUCUGGACAUUAACAAGCUCCCUGGAGACAAGCUGGGCCGUGUGGUCCACAUCAUCCAGUCCCGCGAGCCCUCGCUCAAGAACUCCAAUCCAGACGAGAUUGAGAUCGACUUUGAGACGUUGAAGCCUUCUACGCUGCGGGAGCUGGAGAGAUACGUGUCGUCUUGUCUUCGCAAGAAGAAGAAGCCUGUCGUUCCAGAGAAGACCAUGGAGGCAAUGAGUGUUGCAAAGACAAAAGGCUCAUCAUCGGAGUCGGGCAGCAGCAGCGAGUCCAGCUCCUCAGAAAGUGAAGACUCAGAGACAGGGGUGGCGUCUAAGCUGAAGAAGAGAGGGAGGGGUGAAGGAAAGAAGGCGUUUCACCAGGCGGUGUCUCUGGGCAUGCCUCAGCCACAGGUUCCCCAUCAACCCCUGACCCCUGCGCUGCAGCCCAGCGUUCAGCUGAAACCACAACAGCAUCCCUCUCCCGCCGCUUACAUGCCUCCUCCCGUCACGGCUCUGGAGCCCUCGCAGCUCCUGGAAAACCCCUUUGACCCUCUGGCCCACUUUGGCCAGCCCAUCAUGCACCUUCCCCACCACGCAAAUGACUCGUCCUCCCCUGCGCCGCCUCACCUCAACGCUCACCCUCCAGGAGGCCAAGUGUCACCUGAGACGCACCCGUUCCUGAACCAGCACCCCAUCCUCCCAUCCCCAGCCCUGCACAACGCAAUGCCCCAGCAGCCUUCACGACCCAGUAAUAGGGCAGCCCCACUACCUCCUAAACCUCCUCAGCAAAGCACGCCCCAGCAGCAGCAGCAGCAGCAACCCCAGCAGACCCUGCCCCAGCAGCUCCAGCCCCAGCAACCCCCUCCGCCCCAGCACCACCUCCCUCCUCACCUCCUGCACCCUCCACAGCAACUGCGCCAGCGGCCGCUCUCCCCUCCCACACUCACUCCCCAGGGCCUGCUCUCCUCCCAGCCCCCACAGAUGCUGCUAGAGGACGACGAGGAGCCCGUUCCCUCCAUGCCCCUGCCCAUGUACCUGCAGCACCUGCAGCCGAACCGCCUGCAGCAGCAGCAGCCGCCGACGUCACUAAUGCAGUCUCUGCAGAGCAGGUCGCAGCAGCCGGGCCAGCCGUCUCUGCUGCAGUCGGUGCAGGUUCAGUCUCAGCUGGGACCCCCGCCACAGCUCCCCGUUCAGACUCAAGCCCAGCCCUCCCCGCAGCUCUCGCAGCACCAGGCCAGACACAUGCAGCACUCGCAGCAGCUGAGCUUCUCUCAAGGCCCGGUGCAGACCACGCAAACGCAGUCUAGUCAACACAAGGUCUCCAUGCCCUCCUCGAAAGCACAGCAGAUCAUCCAGCAACAGCCUCAGCAGCAUCACUCUCCACGUCAACACAAGUCCGACCCCUACAACUCAGCACACAUGCGAGAUAACCCCUCUCCGCUCGUGAUGCAUUCCCCUCAAAUCCCUCAGUAUGCUUUAGCCCACCAGUCCCCUCCUCAGGCCAAAAAGGAACCGCAGCGAGGUCCUUCAGCUUUGGCUGGCAUUAAAGAAGAGAAGCUGCCCCCGUCACCUGUGAUGCGUGGUGAGCCCUUCAGUCCAGCCUUGAGACCAGAGCCUCACAAACACCCUGAGAGCAAACCCACAAUGCAAGGUCACAGCCAACAGAGAGCAGAUAUGAAAUCACAUGAAAGUUCCCGUCCUGUCAUCCGCUCCUCUGAGCAGAGCGGUCCACCUCCUUCCAUGCAGGACAAAGAGAAAUUCAGACAGGAGCCCAAAACACCUGUGGCACCUAAAAAGGUACAGGAUGUGAAACUAAAGAACAUGGGUUCCUGGGCGAGCCUGGCACAGAAGUCCACCUCCACUCCCUCUUCUGCUCUGAGGUCCUCCAGCGACAGCUUCGAGCAGUUUCGACGUGUGGCCCGGGAGAAGGAAGAGCGAGAGAAGGCCCUGAAAGCACAGGCUGAGCAAGCCGAGAAAGACCGUCAGCGCAGAGAACAAGAGAAACUUCGGGGACGUGACGAGGAGGACUCGGUUGAGACGUCUCGAAGGCCCCAGGAGGAGCCCCGCAGGCGGCCGGAGCAGCAGCAGGUUCAGGCACCGCCGCAGCAGCAGCACCAAACUCCAACUCAGCCCCAAGCCCAGAACCCGGCCCAGCCGCCCUCGGCCCCGCAACCUUCCCAAGCCCCGCCCCACUCGCCCGCCGCCUCCCAGAGUGCACUUGACCAGCAGAGGGAGCUCGCACGUCGCCGGGAGCAGGAGAGGAGGAGGAGAGAGGCGAUGGCAGCUACUAUUGACAUGAAUUUCCAAAGCGAUUUGAUGGCUAUCUUUGAGGAGAACUUGUUCUGAAGUGCGAGAGGAAGAGAUAAACUGCGAAAACAGAAGCUCAUGGAUUCCUCUAGAAUGAACUGAAAAGCGCAGUAAGGGAAAAAAGACCCCAUCUGACCACAAGAAACACUGAAGAGGCUGAUGGAUAAGCUGAGGCCCUGAGAGAGGGAGGGAGGGAGGCUGUAGCUCUCCUUUUGCCUUAGCAGAAAGAGGGACCCUCACACUGGGACGGCUCCGCCUCUCCGGCAUUCCUCCUGGAUUUGCCAUUGUGACCAUGGCGGGAAAGAGAGGACUUGUGUGUGUGACUCUUUAAUUCAGAAUAUGGGAGCAAUGGACAAUGCGAUCGCCGGAGGAAUAUCUGAACGACAACAAUAACAUGUACUGAUUCUCUAGUUACGGCAUCCGUCGACUGCCAGAUGUCUGCGGGGGGAAUAGAAAACGUCUUUGUUUCCCGUUUGAUUUGCUUUCCUUCCCAUCGUUUCGUUUUCGCUAUAUCCCCCCCUCCCCUUUUUCGCGAACACACGCAGGCAAAUGGCAGGAUGGGAUCGGGGGCACUUAGAUGAUCUUCCUCGGGAGAGGAAGUACAGCUCGCCUUACACCUCUGACAACACAAACAAUAUUCACCAGGGGCUGUGACAAAUGACUAAACAUGGUGUGUUUCACACUGUUAUCAUGUGCAGAUUUUUCAUUAUGUAGGAUCUACUGUAAAAAGGUAUUUUCUUAAUUACUGUUUUUGGUUGAUUGGUUGGUUGUAUUUUUGUUUAUCUUCUCCUUUCUUUUUUUUUUUCUCUUCGUUGUUGUUUUUCUUUUUUCUUUUUUCUUAAAUAUUUUUAACUCUCUUACCAACACCUUUACCCUCUGAUGUCUAUGCCAAACACCCAUAUCCUUUUACGCUGAUAGCCGAGACCCGAAACGCUUCACUUAACAUGUCUUUCUAAAUAUAUAAAUAUAUUUUCUUGUUCUCCCCACUCGUCAUUUAAAAGUUUUAGGUAGCCUUGUAGAAAAUAAACCCUAAUAUAUGCAUUAUUCUGACAAGUGUUAAUUGAGGACAGAAUCAUGGAAGAUAUGCUUUCACUGCUCAUGGUUUUCAUGUUAGCCUGGUGGGGAGUCUGGAGCGUUGACCCAUGCGGGGCGGGUUCUGAGUAUGGUUUAGUUUGAGUAUAAUUUAAAGAAUACUAUUUUAAGUGUAUUAUACAUACAGAAGGAAAACGGGCGACUCUGUGCAACUGGUAGAGCGUCACGCGGACACCAGGCCAAGGCGACGGAGCUCUCAGCUGGUUACUGCAUGACUCCUCUUUUCUCUUCACAGAUCGUUUUAUCACAGCCGCACAGAGAGAACUCCGUAUGCUGUGCUAGAUAUAAUUGCAAAAAGUUUGAAAGAAAAAAAAAAAAUCAAACCGUUCUGAUUUAUCAUUGUUCUUGUUCGAUUAUAGUGGAUAUGUGUUCUAAUUCUGUUCUUUGACUCGGCAAGGGGGGCGGGCGGGGGGGGGGGGGGGACACAAUUCGAGACCUUGGCAGGUCCUCUGAGUUUUCUCUUAUAGUGUUUUCUCCAGUGCCUGUAUUGUAUUGCGAUUCUAGUUGGCAUAUAUUACGUUCUGGGAGGGCGAGGG